AUGGCGCAGAAGAGACCGUUCAACGAGGGUCGGAGGCACUUUAAGAAAAACAAGAAGCAGAAAACUGCAGCUGUCGAAGGGUCGAGUGAGGAAGUCUUACUGGUAGAUGUGAGGAGAUUGCUGGAGAAGGCGCGUGUAGGAGAUCAUGAGGAGACCACGAGAACGCUGCCGGAGCAAUGGUCCGAGGUCGAGCUCACCAUCAACGAGCUCUCUUCGACGGGAGACGGGUUGGCGGAGAAAGAGGGCCAAGUAUACGUCGUUCCGUUCACUUCCCCUGGCGAUUGCGUCUCGGCCAAGGUCGUCAAGCACUUCCCAGAAGAAGGCUACACUCUCACAGACUUUCUUUCUGUCAAGACACCCUCUCAGCACCGCACUGAAACGCCCAAGUGUCGCUACUUUUCACAAUGCUCGGGCUGUCAGUUUCAACACAUGCCUUACUCUUACCAACUUGCGCACAAGAAGACGAUCGUGGAGAAAGCAUACGCGAACUUCUCUGGCUUACCUGCUUCUGCUGUACCUGCCGUCGGCGAGACGAUCGGUAGUCCGCUGCAGUAUGGUUACCGGACGAAGCUGACGCCGCAUUUUGAUGGUCCUCCGAUGGCGAGGAAGGACAAGCGGGCUGGGAAAAAGGUGAUUUGGGAGGAGGUGCCGCCGAUUGGGUAUAUGCGGAAAGGAACAAGGAAGACGAUGGACAUCGAGGAAUGCCCGAUUGGCACGGAAGCUGUGGAGCGCGGAUUGAGGAGGGAGAGGGAGAGGGUGCAUAGGGAGAUUGAUAAGUAUCAACGUGGUGCUACGUUGUUGUUGAGGGAGAGCACAGAAAGGGUAAGAAAGUCGGACGGUGAGCUGCAAGGAUCAGUAGACGGCAAGAUGGAAGCUACAGAUGUGGUUGUGGAAGACCGCGGGGAGUGGGUGCAUCGAAAGACCUGCAUUACGGACCACAAAGCUACUUCGACCGAGUACGUGGAGGACUUUCGCUUCGACAACCCGGCCGGAGCGUUCUUUCAGAACAACAACAGCAUCCUCCCACUCGUCACGCAGUACAUCCGCGAGAACAUUCUCGGACCAGCAAAGAGCGGUAACGAGGCCAAUGGGCAUGAACCAGCAAUGAAGAAUCUCAUUGACGCCUACUGCGGCUCCGGCUUUUUCACCAUCACGCUGUCGCAGAUGUUCAGCAACAGCAUCGGCAUCGACAUCUCACCUCACUCAAUCGAGUCCGCAGACCAGAACGCUAAGCUCAAUAGCUUGCCUCCGGACUCGACAAAGUUCAUAGCCGCAGACGCGAACCACUUAUUCUCUGCGAUCGACACGACCAAGUUCCCGCCAUCGGAGACGGUCGUAGUUAUUGAUCCUCCACGCAAAGGAUGUGAUCAGAACUUCAUCAGGCAGCUGUUGGCAUAUGGGCCGGAACGGAUAUGCUAUGUAAGCUGCAAUGUGCACACGCAAGCGAGGGAUGUUGGGUGGCUUGUUGGCGGAGUCGAAGGCGAAGAUGGCGCCGUGUUGCAAGGGCUUUAUGAGAUCGAGAGCUUGAGAGGGUUCGACUUCUUCCCACAGACGAGCCACGUGGAGGGUGUGGCCAUCUUGCGGAAGAAGGGCGAUGGUGCUGCCGAGGAAGAAGGAGGAAACGGGCAGGGCGUCGCUGCUGACAGCGAUAGAACAGGAGGGUCUUAA